CUGGUCGUAUGCGUUUGGUACUAUCUGACCGGGAAGCGCGCCUCUACUCGCUCGUAAUUUUCAUGACGAGAAGUUAGUUUUAUUUUUUUUUAUUUUGGAUACCUCCUUGUGGUGUUGAGUGUUUUAUUCAGUGACUAUGAAGUUUACUAGUUUUAUAAUAUUUAUUACGGUUAUUGGCGGCACGUGGCGGUUAGGCCAACCGACAUGUGUGUUGGAGUCAGAUUUCGGAUUUAUCCUGAAUUGCGCUUUUAAGAAAUCGAGCCUGUUUCGAGUUAGAAAUCUGGGGGGUGUGAAAGCUCACAUUGGCCUUGGCUUUAGCGUGGGGGAUGAAUUGGGCUUUAAAGAAUCACUAUCAAAUGUAGAAACAAACAGAAGAAGAUCAGUGGCUGGGUCUCAGUUGCAAGCCCAAUUGGUGCAAGCCCAACAAGAAGCUUUGCACAAAGGAAAAGCAGCCAACACUAUAGUAGUAAGAUCGCCAACACCUGUCGCUUCAAUAGAAGCCGUACCAGUUCCUGGACAGCAGAUAUCAUCGGGUAAAAAAUCAAUAUCUGCAGCAACAGUUCCUCCAUUUAAACCAAUCCCUCCAGCACCUGAAAGACCGUCUAUAUCUAAGACUUCUUUACCUACACCUACUAUAAUGGGUUCCACUAAACCCAAAUCUAGCUCUAUUAGUAGUAGUAGUAGUAGUACAAGUAGUAAUAUAAUGGCUGUUGUGGCUGUCCCUAAGUCUAAAAUCCAAGCUCAAGACAAAAUGAGCAGCACCAACUUUGCUCUACGUACACUUCCAACUCCAAACAACGAAUUACCUCCACCUCUACCCCAAACAAGCUCCAACUCCAUACAAGCUCUCCUAGCCGCCAACAACGUAACCGAGGACGCUUUGGAGCAAGCUCUAAUACAACGACAAGCGAUGCUAGCCAAGAUUAAAGCCGGCACUACAACUUCCACAACUCAUCGACCUGUAACCUCAAAAUACGCAAAUAGUGUUGGUAAAGUUAUGAACGCACCCAAGGAAUAUUAUCCCGUGGGUUAUGAUAAGAAUUUCGAUGAUAAUUUUGCCUCGAGGGUUGAGUUGCCGGAAACGUCGUUUUACUGCGGGGAUCAGAAGCACUUUCCUGGACUCUAUGGUGAUGAAGAUUUGGGAUGCAUGGUUUUCCAUGUUUGCGCGCUCACCGAUGAUGGGUUGAUAAUGAAGAGUUUUCUUUGCCCAGAAUCGACUCUCUUCGAUCAAACGAUUUUGAAGUGCAACUGGUGGUUCUACGUUGAUUGCAAAAAUUCUAAAAAACUGUACGAUUCGAAUAUUCCCAUUUCGAAGAGUUAUCAACUAAUGAAGGCGUUGACAUUUUUUUCGGCCUACAAAAAGGACUCGGCACCCUCGAAGUCGAAGGAUAAAGACUGAUUAUAUUAAAGUUUUAGCAAUUUGUUAUUUAUAUUAAUAUUUAUAAGGAGGUCUAUUCAGACGGUG